CCCUGAAACUUCUCAGUAUGCAAAUACUGCAGCAGAGCUGGAAGCUACUGCUGCUGUGUUCAGGUCUCUGAGCUUAUCAGAAGUUUCAGGAUGGACAGAGAAAAGCAGAGAAAAUGGGUUGGGAGGAAUGCGAAAAAAACAACCUGAAAAUUAUUUUUCUUUUUUUUUUUUUCUGUUUGUGUGUCUCUAGGUUGCAAACUGCUCUCCGUGGCUUAAAUGGACAUCAAAGCAUGUCUCUCUGAUGGGAUGUACAUCCCCAGAUGAUCCAAUCCCUCAAGAACUAAUUUCCAAGAAAAAGAAUAACCACCCUCUUCUUUCUACAAUUUACCUGUUUUAAUGUGUGGGUUACCCUCACGCUCAAAACCUGAAUUUUAAUGCUGAUAUUGCUUCCCUUUAAAAAUUCUGGUACACGGAAAGACAAGGGUCUGUCUCCAUUAAACUCUCAUCAGGAGAGGCUAGCAGCAGGACACAGAGAGGUGGAAGGAACUUGGAAGCACUCUGAGAAGGUGAAAGGAAAUACUCAGCUUUGCCUUUUUUAAGCCCAUUUGGGAAAGAUGAAGCUUCUUCCCUUAUGGAUGAAGGUAUUGGAGUCAGCCUGUUCAGCCUAAGCCCGGGGUGGUAACUGACCAGUGCCUGCUGCACCCUUUCCUUUUUGCCUUACACUGGACCCUACAUUGUACUUGGUCAGCGUUGGUGGCAGAACCCGCGUGGGAAAGAUGGUUGGCGUAAGGAGGAGAAAUGUGAAAAUGUUUACAUUCGCCUUUUUGCUCAUCACGGUAACGUCGUUUCUGCUCAACUACACACACCAGGUGACCACGACUACCUGGGAUCCCAGACACCUCGUCGUGCAGUUUUCAGAGCAAGUGCAAAAAUUCUUCAAGUACCCCACGAGACCUUGCAGCUGUCACACGUGCAUUUCGGAGAUGGGACAUUCCCUCUGGUUCGAUCAGAGAUUUAAUUCUACUAUGCAACCCUUCUUGACCUCACAAAAUGCCUUGAUCCCAGAAGACAGCUACAGGUGGUGGCUGAAAUUGCAAGCAGAGAAAGCUCCGAGGAAUUUGAACACUACUCUCACAGAACUGUUUGGGGUCAUUCCCGGGGAUGGGGAUCCCCUGCAGGAGAGAGGUACUUACACGUGCAGACGAUGCGCUGUCGUGGGCAACUCUGGGAACCUCCGGCAGUCGCAGUAUGGCCAAGAUAUUGAUUCCCAUGACUUUGUGCUCAGAAUGAACCGUGCCCCCACUGCUGGCUACGAAUCAGAUGUUGGGAGCAAGACCACUCACCACUUUGUUUAUCCUGAGAGCUACAAAGAGCUGGCAGCAAAUGUGAGCAUGAUCCUGAUCCCCUUCAAAACUCUGGACCUGCGCUGGGUUGUCACCGCUCUCACCACAGGCACCAUCAACUUCACAUAUGUUCCAGUUCCACGGAAAAUCAAAGUCAAAAAAGACAAGAUCCUGGUUUACAAUCCAGCUUUCAUGAAAUACAUCUAUGAAAACUGGCUCGAGCAUCAUGGGAGAUAUCCCUCCACAGGCCUCCUCUCUUUGAUAUUUGCUCUCCAUGUAUGCGAUGAGGUGAGUGUGUAUGGCUUUGGAGCAGACAGCAAAGGACACUGGCAUCACUACUGGGAAAACAACACUUCAGGUGGGGCUUUCCGGAAGACAGGAGUCCACGACGGGGAUUUCGAGUUCAAUAUAACUUUGACUCUUGCCUCCAUUGAAAAAAUUAAAUUUUUCAAGGGCAGAUGACCCUGGCCACAGGGAGGAGUGGGGGCUGCAAUUUCCAGCAUGCAGCGGAACAAAGCUCAGUGAAGAUGAUCUGGGCACCAGCCAGGUUUGAAGGCGUGGACCUGCAGUGGAAUCAGAGCAUCUCACACUGCAGGGAACUGGGCCAAGGACCGGCCUCAACACUGCACAAGAUUUCCUAUCCACGAACAGCCGGGAGCCAUCAAUCAGCUGUGGGAAUAAAUUAGUCUCUGCUUAGGCUCUACGGCUUGAUUCUUGAAUUCCUGAUGAAAGAUCUGCCUGUUGCAAUUAGAGGAAACCUGGGCACAGGAACUGCUGUCUGUGUGUCCGUUCUUUCCUUUGAGCAAGGCAGGAGAUCCCUGAAGAAGAGUGAAAACGACUUUUGGGACCUGAGACCCACUAAGGCAGCUGUGAACAUCAUAGUAAGGAUUACCUCAAAGAAAAGAAUUCACUUCUGCUGUUGAUCUUCUUUUUGAACUGUUUCUUCUGUUUUCUCUAUUACUUCUGUUUCCAUGCUGUAUUAAGAAAAAACAUGAUGAAGUUGCCUGGAAUAGUAAAUAUUUGAACCAUUGCCUCAUUCUGCAUUGAUAGUGUCUAGAAAAUAUGAAUCAAAAUGUAUCUUAUCUUGUAGUAUUUAAUAUUGCUUCCUAUGCAGCCAUAAUGAUGGAGAAAACAAUACUGAAAACUCCAGGAAAAAAAAAAAAGGCCUUUUUAGCCACUUAUUUGUCUUGUUUGGUUAUAUGUAAUUUUUGUUCUUUUUUUCUUUUUUUUUUCUUUUUUUUUUGUGUGUGGAAAAUACUCUGUAAUGCUUUUUUUAUUUAAUCAGUUUAAGAUUGGAAAGUGGACUUUCUUCUUUAAGUCGUUUAUAUGUGCCUUUCAUAAUUGUGCAACAAAUGUGAUUUUUUUUUUUAAGAUGACAAACCCUAAAUUAAACUUUUUUAUAAAAGGGGGGGGAAAUCAACCAAAGUUUAUCUUCUGUCUGGUACACUUUUGUAAUCAAAACCAAUAAUAACAACUCCUAUAUUGCAUUUGAGCAAACAAAAACCAGACUAAUUUUUAAAGGUAGCUUUUACCCUUUUUUAUGGGAAAAUAUUCAGAAGUCCCAAGGAAACUUUUCUUCUUAUUUUUUUACAAAUUUUAAAAAGUGUUAUCUCUUUACAAGGUCUCUAUUUGAAACAGAAAAAUAUCACAAGUUGGGAUACCAACUAGUAAUACAAUAAGAAUCGUUUGCUCUGUAGCAGCACCUACAAAGACACAGUCUAUGGAAGCUGAUCUUACAGCAUAAGGUAGACUUCAAAAUUAUGUGCAUCUCUGGAGGAAUGAGCAUAUUAAUGUCAGUACCUCUAGGCAGUGGAAGAAGGGAGGUUACAGCAGAGGUUUUAUAUCCACAAGUUUUUCCUGGAAUCAAUGCAUUUAAGCCUCAAGGACAGAUAAAGUAUGAAUCCAAGUUCAGGCAGUGAAGAAUGGAAAACAGUGGUGUUUUCUUCCUGACUUCAUGAAAACAGGACUCAUGGAUAAUUGACCCAGUUUCAGCUCCGGUGAAGUCUGCCACAGACUUCAAGGGACUUCCAAUCAGCAUUGUUAAAAAUUGCAUAUUUAAUUAUUAAUCUAUCACAUUGGUUGGGGUUUAUGGCAAAAGAAAUCAUCAUCUAAAUGUCUCCUCUUCCAUUUACCAAUUGUGGCAGGAUGCCCAAGCAAAUGAGUCUUUUGAGCUCAGUGAAAGCCCUUGAAUCAGUGAUGUGCUUCAUCCAAGAUUUAUCCCCUUGUCUUUCUGUGGCAGUUGGUAUGAGUGAGGUGCUCUCCAAGGCAGCAAUACAUGGCACAGUGGCAUGGUCAGCUGGAAUUUUGGGUCACAGCACCACUCACCAACAUAAACUGCUUUACCCACGCGAGUAUGAGCGCACUCUUGAUUCUGGUGAGAUGGUGUGCUAAUACAAGCAAAACAACUUUAAGAGGAAAAAGAAUACAUAGAAGACCCCAGUGUUAUCUUCACACUGUGGCUGGAUUUUGGAUCUUCAAAAUACUUUUUCUUUUUUUUUCCUCAUGGAAAUAUGUCAGGAAUUCAGAAACAUUCAAUGCUCUUUCAGUCAUUUUUAGAAAGAUUUGGAAGAAAACUCGUGGUAGUUCAGUACCCAUAUCCCAUUGAUAUAUUUUUUAAUACAAUCAAAGAAAGUGGUAAAAGAAGCCAAGGUAUAUUCUAGUCUGUGUUGUUUUGGAAGUUUUCUUUUCCUGUUCUAAUUAAAUUUCCCAUUUUCCCCUGAAUAUUCUGCCUCUAACAACACAUAUAAAACCUUAUGGUUCAUACUAUUGCAGAUAAUUCAGUGUCUUUAUCAUGGAAUAAGCUGCAAUUCCCAUUUAAUUUUCUUGCCAACAGCAAGCAGUAACUGGGUACCACUGAUGUCCAUUUUUCAGAGUGUGAGGAGAGCUGAGAGUGGAUGUCUCCAGGUGUAGGAUGAGGAAUAGUCUGUGCCAUCAAAUUUCUAUUCCAGAGGAACUUCUUCUGGAGUUCUUUAGGUAGCUGACUGUGGUGCUAGAUCUUUGUCUCAGUUUCUCUACAAUUUUGCUGCUCUUUCAAAUGCCUUUGAGACACCAACAGGUGAUGCUGAGGGAAGAAUUAAUUUCCACUGCCAUUGUUGAAGACUGUGUUCCUGCUAGAAACUUUCUGGGUUUAUUUUGUUUAAAAGAACAACCAAGGGAAAAAUUCAGCAACAUGUCAAGGCUUCAAACUCUUGGACUGUAUUUGCCGCCACUGCAAACUCUCUGAAGCACUCCUUGAGCAUGUGUUAUGUUUUUUACCAAAGCCAAAUCUCUUGAGCACUUUUUUCCUCCCAUGACCAGAUUCUCAUCCUAUUUUUGUCUGAAUACACAAUCCAUUAUGAUUUUUUUUUCUCUGAUGGUGGACAGUAUCAAUCAUUCUUUGUCAUUUUAUUUAUUUAAUUUUUCAGUAUGAUAUGAAUCAAAAUAAAUUUUUUAUUAUAAUCAAA